UCUCUCUCUCUCUCUCUACAACUCUCUCUCUUAGGACUACCAUUACCAGUGUCCAUAACUCUCUCUCCCUCUUCUCUCUCUUUCUGUACCACUUCUGCUACUACAGCUCCAUUUAACCCAAUCCUACUACACAUCGAUCAACUUGAAUUCAAAACAGACAGACUAGUCUAGUCUAGUCCUGUCCUGUUAAAAAUAUAGAUCGAUCAGUGAGUGAGUGAGUGAGAGAGUCCGGUCCUGAAAGAGAGAGAGAGACCCACCAGAAACCAAUUAUACUAAAUUAAGGCUCGCUCUGUGUUCUACCUAUGCCUAGUACUACUAUGCUGUUUUAUCUCAUAAAACCCUACACACAGUUUUACUCACUCGUACUAGGACACUGAUCGCUGGCUUUUCUUUCAUUUCCAUGCGAUCAUGGAAAGCGGCGAUGAUCACUUCCACCCCCACCACCACUACCAACAACAGCAGCAGCAUCACCACCGCCCUAACUUCCCGUUUCAACUCCUCGAUCAGAAGAAAGAAGACGAAGCCGCCUCCUGCUCCAACAACAACUCCGCCGCCGCCAGCCCUUACCCUUCUCUAGCCAUCUCCUCCGCAGUAGAUCCGAUCAACCCAAUAAAUAACAACGCCACUGCUUCAUCCACCGCAGUCACCACCGCCGUAGCUGCAGAGCCCUCCAAGAAGCCGCCGCCCAAGAGGACAUCCACGAAAGACCGCCACACCAAAGUCGAUGGCCGUGGGCGCCGCAUUCGAAUGCCGGCGCUCUGCGCGGCAAGGGUGUUCCAGCUCACUCGCGAGCUGGGACACAAGUCUGACGGAGAAACAAUAGAGUGGCUACUCCAGCAGGCUGAGCCCGCUGUGAUCGCCGCAACCGGAACCGGCACGAUCCCAGCUAACUUCACUUCUCUCAACAUCUCGCUAAGAAGCUCCGGUUCAAGCAUGUCGGUGCCGUCGCAGCUCAGAUCUUCAUAUUACAGCCCGAAUUUCUCGUCGUCCUUACAUCAGAAUAGUCAGAAUCAGCGGCGGAAUCUGUUUCAGGGUUUAGGACUCUCGUCGUCAGACAGCUCGUCGACGCUGCUCAAUUUCCAGACUAACACCAUGCACUCUAUGCUUCAGGCCAAACAGGAGCUACGUGACACGGUGUCGUUGGACUUAUCCGAGACGGCUUCAGCGGCGGAGGGGAGCAUGGGACGGAAGAGAAGGCCAGCAGAACAAGAUUUAAAUCAAAUGGGAAGUGGGUACUUACUGCAGUCCAGCGCCGGAGCCAUUCCGGCAAGCCACCACAGUCAGAUUCCGGCGAAUUUUUGGAUGCUAGCUAAUUCCACUAAUCAAGCAGCAGUGAUGAGCGGAGAUCCAAUUUGGACAUUUCCUUCGGUCAAUAACAGUGGGUUGUACAGAGGCACCAUGUCCGGCGGCUUGCAUUUCAUGAACUUCCCUACCCCGGUAGCGCUGCUACCUAGUCAGCAGCAGAUGGGCGGCUCCGGCGGCGGUGGAGGAGGAGAUAACGGCGGAAACAACAGUAAUGGUGGAGAUCAUCAUAACAUGAGCGACGGGCAGCUGAACAUGCUGGCCGGGCUCAACCCUUACCGGCACAUGUCCUCGGAGUCGCCGCAGCAGCAGGCCAGUGGGUCCCAGUCGCAUCACGGCGGCGGCGACGACCGGCACGAUAGUACUAGUCACCACUCUUAGUAGUGUAAGAAGAAGAAAGAUGGUUUUUUUUUCUUUUGGAUUUUUGGACAUCAAAUCAUCAUGAGUAUGAAUGAAUGAAGGAAAGUUCAUCGUCGUCGUCGCCGUCGGUCGUCGGUCGAUCGUCGUCGCCGGUCCCCCACAUGUGUGGUAGUUUGCCUGUUUAACAACACACGUGAGGUUUGAUUGAUUGCAUCUCUGAGGUUUUUUAUUUUUACCAUUCAAUUUUUUUGUGUGAUUAAUAUUUUACAUCGACCCUUUGGAGGGAAGUUUCUUUAGGGUUUGGAAGUCGAAACCAAGAAGAACGAAGAAGUUAAAAAACACUAUUUAACAUGGGUAUUUUGGCUGCUGCUACUCUUAUUAUCUUCAUCCGAGUUCUGAUAUCUUUUUUUUACCGCAUAGUGAAGUCAAUCAAUCAAUAUAUACUGUCAUCAUGA